AUGUCUCACUUGUACCCUCGUUACGACACCCUUCAGAAGACCUUCCCUCACCAGCCUCAGGAUGGCCUGAAGGCGCAAGGGAGUAAGGCAACUCCGUACCAAGCCCGCAUGGACUUGUACUCCGCCUACUCUACCAUCGAGGACAAGGCCAAGAAGCUCAGCGCCGAAGCGACGGCGGAGUUCAACAAGGCCAGCGCUGCUGCCCAGGCCAAGACGGGCAAGAUUGAGCUGUACUCGGGGAAGUACUACGCCGCGUGCACAUUUGGAGGAUUGCUGGCGUGUGGUCUCACACACACGGCAGUAACGCCCCUGGACGUCGUCAAAACUCGGCGACAGGUCGACUCUAAGCUCUACACAGGCAACUUCCAGGCCUGGGGCAAGAUAUACCGGAUCGAGGGCGUCCGUGGGAUAUUCACGGGCUGGUCUCCGACCUUUUUCGGUUAUUCAGCCCAAGGUGCCUUCAAAUACGGCUGGUACGAGUAUUUCAAGAAAACCUACGCGGACAUCGCGGGCCCCGAGAAUGCGACAAAGUACAAGACCACGCUUUAUCUCACGGCCUCUGCUUCUGCCGAGUUCCUUGCGGACAUCGCACUCUGCCCCUUUGAAUCUGUCAAGGUACGCAUGCAAGCUACGAUUCCGCCCCCGUAUUCCGGUACCUUCGAUGGCAUCAGCAAGAUCACUGCGAAGGAAGGGUGGGGUGGACUGUACAAGGGCCUGUACCCGCUCUGGGCCCGGCAGAUCCCCUACACGAUGAUGAAGUUUGCCUCGUUUGAGACCAUUGUCGAAAUGAUCUACGCCCGUCUGCCUGGAUCCAAGAACGACUACAGCAAGGCUGCACAAACCGGCGUGUCCUUCACAGGUGGCUACCUGGCUGGUAUCCUCUGCGCCAUAGUAUCGCAUCCAGCAGACGUCAUGGUCUCAAAACUCAAUGCUUACCGUGAGCCUGGCGAGGCCUUUGGAACGGUCCUCUCGAGGAUUUACAAGGACAUCGGCUUCAGGGGGCUUUGGAAUGGCCUACCCAUGCGUAUUGUGAUGAUUGGAACUCUGACUGGCCUUCAGUGGAUGAUAUAUGACUACUUCAAGAUCUUCAUGGGCCUCCCCACGACUGGUGGCCAGGCGCCGCCUGAGAAGAAGUCAGAUUAG